GGUCAUUCCAUCCCGUGCGUCAGAUGUUAUUCUGUAGUUGCGCAACAAAGCGGCUUAUACACAACUAUGGGAACCACCGGAGUGAAAAGGACUGGUAUUCAACUUUGUCCUGAGCGUGGAUUGGCAAAAGAUAAACUUCCGAUUUGAUUCUCUGUAAUUGUGAAAACGUUUUUUUCUUUUCUUUUUCUUUCUUUCUUUUUUUAAUGUCUAUUUAUUAACUUUCGUCAGAAUCUAGGAAUAUCUGAGUUUUUAACCUGCCGUCGGUGGUUUGGUGGAUUGACUUUAUUUUCGAGCAGCAAUGGCCACCGCGAGGCUGGAUUAUGUUGCUCCGUGGUGGACAUACUGGCUGCACAAUUUCCCUCACUUCAAUUUCUUAUUCCAGUCGGUGGACAACACUUUCAAACCGGAGGAGUCGAGCUAUCAGCAGUCUCUGGCAUUUCUAGCAUGUGUUGGUGCAGUGGGUCUUGGUCUGAGCCUGCUUGUUCUAGCACUAUACCUGGUAUGCUUGUGCUGCUGCCGUAGAGACAUGGACGAGGAAACCAAAAGGCCGCACACCUGCUGUAUCACCUGGGUUGCAGUUAUUACAGGCCUCAUCAUAUGCUCUGCAGUUGGAGUGGGUUUCUAUGGGAACAGCGAGGCCAACGAUGGAGUGUACCAGCUGACCUACUCUCUCCACAAUGCCAAUCACACAUUAGGAGGCAUCAACAAUCUGGUUGCAGGAUCUCUGGGCAGUGUAGAAACUGGACUGAAACAGCACCUGGGAAGACUUGAUGAGAUCUUUGCUACGAGGUCUGACUACCUCCAAGCUCUGCGCUACAUGCAGCUGAUGGUUAACAAUGUCAUUCGCGAGCUGACUGCUUUGCCAGAUUUAAACAAAGCCAAUGUUGACUUGGCAGCCAUUGCAGACCAAACUGCCUUCUUCGAGUACUACAGAUGGCUGGCGUAUCUGCUGUUGCUGAUCCUGGAUCUGGUUAUCUGCUUGGCAAUGUGCUUGGCGAUGGCCAAGCAGUCUCAUUGUCUGCUUGUCACGAUCAUGGUUUUUGCUGCACUGUCUUUGAUCUUGAGCUGGGCUUCACUGGGAGGUGGAAUUUCUACUGCAGUUGGCACUAGUGACUUCUGUGUUGCUCCAGACAAAUAUAUUGUUAACCAAACCAAGGAUUUCAUCAGUGCAGAUGUUGCACAUUAUUAUUUGUUCUGCAGUCCGAAUCUACCAAACCCCUUCCAAGAGUCUUUGACUACCUGCCAGCGUUCUCUGACCACCAUGCAGAUCCAGAUCCAGGGCUUGCUGCGGUUCUCUUUGGCUAUCUUCCCCUCUGCUGAGAGAGACCUUUUGGGAAUCCAGCGACUGUUAAACGCCACUGAGUUCAGUGUACACCAGCUAACUGCCUUCCUGGACUGCCGUGGGCUACAUAAGGACUAUCUGGAUGCCCUCAUGGGUGUGUGCUAUGAUGGAGUAGAAGGGCUCCUCUACCUCUCUUUGUUUUCUGUUCUGGCUGCCUGUGCACUCUCCACCAUGCUGUGUGCAAUUUUCCGAGUGUGGACACUAAUAGGCAGCAGGGAAAAGGAGUACGACGACUUCGAUGAGGAAGAUCCAUUCAACCCCCAAGCGCGGCAGAUAUCAUAUAACCCCAGAAGGUCUAACACACACAGUUUCUGUAGCUUUUCCAGCAGCCUUGGAAGCCAAGCCAGCCUUCAUCCACCUCCACAGUCUGCCUCUAAUGUCAUGCCGCCCCCUGAAUACAUGAAUCAGUCUAUGCUGUUUGGAGGGACCCCUCGAUAUGAGAACGUUCCACUGAUAGGGCGAGGAUCCCCGCCUCCCUCGUAUUCACCCAGUAUGCGGACCGCCUAUCUGUCUAUGACUGAGGCCCAGAUCCGACACUUCGGGACUGACUUCCUGGUGUAGCCUGCUGACUGAAGACUUCUCAGUUCUUCUGUCUGAGACUGUGUGCUCCUUCCAAGAAUGCUCUAUGCAUGGCAUAAUCCUGUUAACAAGAGUGACAGCCCGCUGUCCCAAUUCAAGGCAUGAAAGCAGGCCAUAUGAGGCAGUUACCUGAACAACACAUCAGUGCAGAAAGACCUGUAUGCAGUUCGGAACAGAGCAGCUGUGUAGGUUUAUCUCAAGAUAGAUGUUAUCGCCAUGACUUACCAGACUACUGUUGCACAAAUAUGAGCCUUUGAGUAAAGCGUGUGGCUGAAUAUGAUGAUGUAUACGACUGUAUCACAACAUUCAGAUUUUUCUGAUAUCCCUCGGGUUGGCAGGAAUUUAGUAUAUGCAUUUUGUAAUUUCCAAUGAUGCAAUGUGAAACACCCUCUUAAUGUUUUUUCUAAAUAAUAUGUUUUAAUGAAAAGUAUACCUAAUAUUGUGGAACAGCCAAAUAUGCAUUCAAGGAUAAGAGGAUAUGAGUUUAUAGUUAUGCAAUGUCUGGAGAGACAAUUUCGCUAUACGAACAAUGUAAUGGAUUUUAACAUCAGGGAUUUACGAUCAACUGCAAGAAAGACGAAUAAAAUGUAUGGUGUCUAAUUAUAUUUCAUCAUGGAACAUAACUUGUAAUUCCCAGUGCUGAUAGUCUCAAUCAUAUGGUAGGACAUGAACUGAAAGUGCAAGAAAUGGCUCUCAGAUUCAAGUAUACCUUGUAAGAGAGAAGCCUUUCUUGUACAAUUUUGGAAUUUUUUUCUGUAUGUUGUUUGGUAAUAUAUUCAACUGUUAGAUAUGCUAUAUUUAACCAUGGUUUUUAGACCCUUUUACCCAUUAUUAUAGCCAAGAGUGUGCUUCAGUAAUUAUAUUAAGCAAUGUAGUGGGACCUGGUGUGGACAUGUUACACAGGGCAAUAUCCUCAGUUUUUGCCAUACAGUGUAAAAGAUAAAUGCAGAGAUUGUGUAAGUGCUCCAUGAGGCACCUCUCAGUGGGUAAGAACUUAUAUACAUGGAACAUAUAGAAUCGUUUUGAAUCAGACACACACAAGGAGUAGGUUUGGUUAUGUCGUGAAAAGUUGUGAACACUGCUUAACUCAAAAUUAAUAAGCAGUUACUUUUUUCUGUUGAAAGUCUCAUUACAAUUUUCCUGCUGAUCACAGUAAAAUAGAUCUUCACAAUACCAGAGUUAAUGCCUUUUUGGCUUUGAGAUGUAUUCUGUUACGUAUUCAACUGUGAUGUCACAUUAAACAGUACAAUGAAAUGCAAUGACAUGCUAAAGCGAAAGAAACUGUUAAGAAAGCUGUUUUAAAGCAGUAGACAUGAUGUGACCUUCAGUUGUGGAUCACAAUUAAAUCUUUUUUUUUAAAAAAAAUUUAAAAAAAAGCCUGGCUUUGUAUCUUGUUCUCACACAGUCAAUUGGAUAUGCAUUUUCUUUGACUUUUGCACUAGGCUUUGUCGGCAUACUAACUGUGCUUUUAAGUGAAGAUGGAAGAUUGAAAACUAAAAGUUACAGUUACAGAUUAAAGUUGACAUUGCUAUACACCACUACUCAUGAGUUCUAGCUGUAUACUAGUGGUGUAAAAAAGUUUUCGGACACCCCAUGCAUCUAUGAAAUAUUUUAUUAAGAGUCACUCUUAGGUCUUCAAGUGAAAUUUCUUUUAGUGGAGUCACAGACAAAAUCGUAAACAAAUGCUAAAAUAGACAUUAAAACACAUAAUACA